AUGUGGUCUCGCAGGCACUGCACUUUGGAGCUGGGCAGCUACAUCAAGGACCUGUCGGUGGUGCACAGUGACCUGUCGAGUGUCGUCAUCCUGGACAACUCGCCGGGUGCCUACCGGAGCCAUCCAGACAACGCCAUCCCCAUCAAGUCGUGGUUCAGCGACCCCAGCGACACGGCCCUGCUCAACCUGCUGCCCAUGCUGGACGCCCUGAGGUUCACAGCGGACGUGCGGUCGGUGCUGAGCCGGAACCUCCAUCAGCACCGCCUCUGGUGACGUCAGCACCUCCUUUCUUCAGGCGUUGGCCCCUGACCUCCGCCGGAUCCCACCGCUGCCACCAUCACCACCACGUGGACUCUGCCACCGAUUCCUGAACUCUUGAGAAGAGCGGAGGGGGGGUCACCCCCCCCAAUUCCCCACCAACCUACUCCCCCCCCACACCCGGCCCUGUGCCAAGAAUGGGCGGGGACUGACUCGGAGGGCGGAGCUUAUCCGGCAGCGGGACAAAGAAAGGGGGUGUGCAGCUUCACGGCGCGCGGAUGGACGUGUCCGAUCAGGCCGGGGGGGGUGGUCUGGUUUUACAAGACUCUGCCCCCCCCCUCCUCCGGCCUUGUACAAAGACCUCGUUUUUUCUUUUCGUUUC